AUGGAUCCUGUGACUAUCGUGUCGCUGGUGGCACUCUGCGUGACGUCCAGCGCUUCCUUGUACAAGACUAUUGACAGCCUCAAAAGUCGCAAACAGGAUGUCCGGCAUCUCAAGACUGAGGUUGGAGACCUCAAUAUAGUCUUGCAAGCACUGGCGAAAAACAUUGAGGAGACCACAGAAAACUUCGAAGUGUUAAGGCUCAUUCUAGAACAUUGUGGUCAGGCAUGCAAAGAUUUUGAGGAAGAAGUGCUAGACAAUGUAGGAAAAUCGGACAAUCGUCUCGAAGGUGUCAGAGCUUGGGCCAAGCUCCAACUGAAAGGGGGUGAUAUCGACAAUUUCAGAAAGCUCAUCGGUAGUUACAAAGCCACCUUGACAAUAGCGUUGGCAGACGCCAACCUUCGAACAGUGAAAGUCACCAAACAGCUUUUGGAGAAGUACUCAGAGAUGACGCAGGACACUACCUCCGAUCUUGAAGACCAGAUUGCAGAGCUUAGCCAAAGGCUUGAUGUCCUUCAAAGCGAAAAAUCUCAGACCUCCCCUGAAGACUCAAGCUGUCAAAAGAAUGGCGGCUCUGUCACGACGAAGCAAACAUUGGAGCAGAAAGCUAGCUUGGAACAAUGUUUGAUCGUGUGUCAUCAGCUUCUUGAUCACAUCGAGAUCGCGAGGUGUUCAGUACCAAAGAGCACCAUGAAUGCGACAAGCAGCACCACAGCGACCUAUAUGACCGGAGGGGUCGACAACCUCGCUCCGCGGCUCACUGCCGAUGCUUUGCAAAUGUGCACGCACAGCAUCAAUGCCGCAGCACAGCACUUACAGGAUCUUCAGGGAUCGAGAAGGCCACCAGAUGGACCAGACGGAAGCGAAAUUAUGCAGCAGUUAGAUCGCGCCCGUCAAUGUCUGGAUAUUGUCGGUAAAGCACAGCAGCAACGAGUAAAUGUUUUCGAAAACAUUGAUACGGCAGAAGAUUCUUUUCAGACGAUUGUAUCCACCAUAGGAGACUUGAUUAGAGCUAAUGGGCUUACCAUUGGGGCGCGGGCUGUCAAUAUCAUGGGCCAGAUGAACGAUGACAGUCUACAGAAGAUCACUUGUGACCUGCGCAUGGACGUUGCCGGGAAACCGUCCUCAGAGCACGUUGAUACCACAUUUGAGAAGAAACAUGGCUUUGGACAUACGAUUCAGCCAAAGAAGCCGUAUUUGUAG